GAAAACCGAAAGGCGAAAACUUUAUUUGUUUAUAAAAUAAGUGCGUUAAUCGCACUUCAAACAUAAUUUUUAUUUGACUUGAACUUCGCGCGAGAUUUAUUUUUAUGGAAAAUUCUUGAUACGUCGGCGAUAUCAAUGAAAAGGAUACAUAGUACUUUUUACUUACGAGAGAACUAUUAGUUAAACGCGACUUGACUGUAUUUUUUGUACAAAAAUGAAUAAAAUAAUUGGUUUAACGAGAAAUUUCUCCAAUACAACUUCUUUAAAUGCCAUAAAAACGGUGACAGUGGUUGGUGGUGGACUCAUGGGCUCUGGAAUAGCUCAGGUUGCUGCACAAGCCGGUCUAAAUGUGAACUUAAUAGACCUUAAGCCAGAGUUAUUGGAAAACGCUCAGAAGUCUAUUCAGAACAAUCUGCAAAGGGUGGCGCGUAAACUACACAAGGACUCGCCUGCACAAAUCGAGGCAUUUGUCAAAGAUGCCAGCCAGAGGAUCAAGGUGUCCACCAACUUGGAGGACGGUGUACAAGCUGAUUUGGUUGUGGAGGCCAUUGUUGAGAAGCUGGAUGUGAAGCAGGAGCUUUUCAAUAAGCUUGAUCAGUUGUGUCCCGAACAUACAAUACUUGCAAGUAACACAUCAUCUAUUUCUAUUAACGAAAUUGGUGCCGGGAUCAAAAGGAAAAGCAAAUUCGGCGGGCUACACUUCUUUAACCCGGUGCCUGUGAUGCGUUUGCUGGAAGUGAUCAAGAGCGAGCAGAUAUCCGAGGAGACGUACCAGGCAAUGAUGGAGUGGGGCAAGUCGGUGGGCAAGACUUGCAUCACCUGCAAGGAUACUCCUGGCUUUGUGGUGAACAGGUUGCUUGGACCAUACAGUGCUGAGGCUAUGAGGAUGUAUGAGAGAGGGGAUGCAACAAAAGAAGAUAUCGACAUAGGGAUGAAACUAGGCGCAGGGUACCCCAUGGGGCCCCUUGAACUGUCGGACUAUACCGGCUUGGACACCAACAAGUUUGUACUCAAUGUGCUGUAUGAGAAAACCGGGAACCCGGUUUUCAAACCAAUACCGCUUUUGGACAAACUGGUGGCUGAAGGAAAACUGGGUAUCAAGACCGGGGAGGGUAUCUAUAAGUAUAAGAAGUAAUUUUGUUAACAGUUUCCCUGUCCUGUGGGUCAUAUGUGACUCAUUAUCAUGGCACCUCUAUAGUGGCAGAUCCGGGAUUAAUGUUUAGGGCUAGACCUCUGCAAUGUAAAUAUGUAUUCAGUUAAAAACGUAAUAUCAAAUGUAUUCAGUUUAACUUUACAAGACUUUUCAAAAUAUAAAAUGCCUUUAUUGAGCUUAAAGCUUUUUCGAAUGCCUGCAGAUAAAUGUUGACAUUUGGGUAAUGAAUCACUAGCUAAAAAUGUAAUUCAAAUAAUAAUCAUAAUUAUAUCAAAAGUUUACUUCUAGUUUGUCCCGGAAGAAUUCUCUUUAAUCUCUGGAUUCGCCAAUGUAUUGUGUACCGUGAGUUACAUGUGAUUCAUUCACAUUCAAUUUGCGUAUGUAUCAUGUAUCGACAGGGACAUUUAUUAAGACUGAUAUUUGCACGGUGAUGGUAGUAAGUAGUUAUCGCUACUUCACAAAAUGUUUAAAAAUAUGUAAAAGUUCAAUAUUUUUAUAAUAUUAUAACUAAAAUAUAAUACAGAUCAUUGAUCCGAACACAUAAAUUAUACAUAAUACGUACUUAUAUUGUAAAUUUUUAUUUCAUUAAAUAUUAUAAAAUUGUUAUUGAUGUACCCAUUUUAUGUAUUUAUUAUUUUACAAAUAAAAAGUUAUUUUAUCAUUAA